AUGUCUGAGGCACCGCUGGACCCUCUGGCCCUGGAUGAGGAGAUUAAUGAGGAGGAGAAGAAGAAGAAGAAGAAGAAGAAGAAACCAGACUCUCACUCGCUGUGGGAACACGAGCCGCUCGCGCAGAUUCCUGUAAAGGUGUUGAGGGGACACGCCGACUCCGUCACCAGCUGUCACUUCUGUUUUCAUGGCACUCGACUUCUCACCAGCUCCCACGACAAGACAGUGAUAUUCUGGGAUGUGGAGACAGGGGCUCAGCUGAUGGUGCUCGAAGGAGGACACUCAGGAGCCAUUACUGCGUGCUGUUUGGUCCCGGAGAAGAACAGAGUAAUAACAUCCUCUUGGGACAAGACCGUAAAAGCUUGGGACCUGGAGACUGGUCAAAUCCUGUGGACAGUAACGCAGGGCGGUUUGUUGAUGUCGUGCAGUGCGUCAGGGGAUGGGAAGUAUGUGGCGUCGGCCUCAGACAUGGAGAACGCUCUGUAUGUGAACUGUGCAGAUACGGGACAGAGACUGCAUUACAUUCCAAGUCAUCAUACAUCCACAGUGAUGAGCUGCAGGUUUGAUGCUCAGAGUCAGCAUGUGGCCAGCGUCUCAGCAGACAGGUCCAUUAAAUUAUGGGACGUUUGCGCUCAAAAAACCACUCUGAGCAUUAACAGUGCCCACACGAACGUCAUCUCAAGCUGCUGCUUUACACAAAAUGGCCGUUACUUGUGCACGGCAUCAUGGGACCGUACGCUACAGCUGUGGGAUGUGCAAACAGGUUCGUUCCGUACCAGAGGAGGAGAGCAACUCAGUAAAGGCCACGACGGAAGCGUCAGCUCCUGUGCCUUCUCCAGUGAUGCCUCUGUUCUUGUGUCUGGAGCGUAUGACAGGACCGUUGCAUUGUGGGAUGUAAAGGGACUGUACAGAACUCUGGUGCUGAAGGGUCACCUAGACUGGGUGACAGAUGUGGACGUCAGUGCUGAUAAGAACUGGGUGGUCUCUUCCUCAAAGGACUGUACGGUGCAUCUGUGGAACAUUGAGCGGCAUGAGAGCAUUCCUGCAGUCAGAGAGAGCAGGAGAGCACAUGGACAUGAACCUCAUAUCCUUCAGUGUGAGGAAUGUGGAAAGGUUUUUUCGCCUUCUCGCUUGGAGAAAGUGAACUUCAUCACUGAGUGUGUGUUCUGUCGACGGAAGCCUCCACACAGAGGUCUGGCAGCGCCUCCGCCGCUUUAG